AUGGGUUUCGAACUUAAGAGGAAUGGCAUCUAUCAACACGUGCUGGAUUUGAAAGAGAAUGAACGUCGGUGUGUGAGUCGGGGGGUGGUCCCAGUCACACUGAACAGGACCUGGUGGUGGCUCAGCGGAGGCCGUGGGCUCGGGACAGUGGCAGGCACAGGGGUGGGGGCAUGGCCGUGGGGGGGGCGUUUUCUGUCCUCCACCCUGCAGCGGGACCGGCGCUGGGGCUGGGGGACCUGGGGAGGGGGUUUGUCCAGAGGAGCAUCUGGCAGACUGUCCGAGCUGAGGCCCUGGAUCGCCACAGGAGGGGGUCCGGGGGGCGGAGGUAGCAGCGAACUGGACAAGGGGGGUAGGGUCAGGUGCUCCCGACGACUGUGGAUGCUCCUGGGGACACUGGUAUUGGUCUUCCUCACCUCACUCUUUUUCUCCAUGUCUCUACGAGGGGGGGUGGGCUUAAACUACCUGGAACCCCCCAGUUGGGAGGAGUCCAGGCGAGUGAAGCUGGUACCAAACUAUGUGGGCGCCCACCGGCUGUCCUCCCCGGACCUGCCUCAGCAGAAGACCUGUGCCUGCCUGCGCUGCGUGGGGGACCCUGGAGUGUCUGAGUGGUUUGAUGAAAACUACGACCCAGACAUCUCUCCUGUGUGGACCCGCGACAACAUCGAGCUGCCCUCUGAUGUGUACUACUGGUGGGUGAUGCUGCAGCCACAGUUCAAACCACACAGUAUCCAGCAGGUGCUCCUGAGACUUUUCCAGGUUAUUCCCGGUAGAUCUCCAUAUGGGUCGUGGGAUCCGGGACGCUGUCUGCGCUGUGCGGUGGUUGGAAACUCUGGAAACCUGCGAGGAGCUGGAUACGGGGCCAGUAUAGAUGGGCACAACUACGUCAUGAGGAUUAACCUGGCUCCAACUGUGGGCUUUGAGGAGGACGCAGGGAGCCACACCACUCACCAGUUUAUGUAUCCGGAGAGCGCCAAGAACCUCGCCGCCAACGUCAGCUUCGUCCUGGUCCCAUUUAAGACCCUGGACCUGGUUUGGAUCACCAGCGCCCUGUCCACCGGCCAGAUAAGAUUUACUUACGCUCCGGUGAAGCAGUUUCUUCGUGUGGAUAAAGACAAGGUACAAAUCUUCAACCCAGCUUUCUUCAAAUACAUCCACGACCACUGGACCAAACACCAUGGCCGCUAUCCAUCCACUGGAAUGCUGGUUCUCUUCUUUGCCUUACACGUCUGUGAUGAGGUGAAUGUUUUUGGUUUUGGGGCCGACAGCCGUGGAAACUGGCACCACUACUGGGAACAAAACCGCUACUCAGGGGAGUUCAGGAAGACCGGCGUGCAUGAUGCUGACUACGAGGCUCAGAUUAUCCAGAGACUUGCCAAAGCAGGCAAAAUCACUGUUUUCCCUGGAAAAUAA